UGCACGGCACCAAGCUGUCGCAGGAAGGACCCUUCCUUAUUGGGACCCAGAACGAACGCUUCAUCACCCAAUCCACGAAUAGCCCAAUCGACAGUUCAACGACCAGACAUAGCAUAGGAACCAGCUGGCAAUAGAGCUGCGCCAUGGCUUCCGGCAGCGUUGCAAAGAGGAAACGCCCACAGGCUGCAGCCGAGCGUCCUCCGAAACGAGCACGAUCAGAGAACAGAGACGAAUCCGAUGACGACCAGCAAGCCCAGAUUCUCUUGUUGGAAAAUGGCAUCGUUGAGUCCAAGAAGAACUACAACAACAUUGCAGCACUCCUCACAUAUGCACAAAAGGACGACGACGAGGACGGAACCGACCUGGUCGCCUCAGUGUCCCUCUGUCGCGUCUUCAUCCGGCUGCUAGCACAGGGCGCCCUGAGACGAAAGAAAGGCGGCUCGGAGAAAGAUGCGGUCGUUGUGACGUGGCUCAAAGACCGCCUUUCUGAAUACAAGGCCGUGCUGCAGAGACUCAUGCUACAGGAGGACGCAUCCUCCACCGCGCUCACCCUCGCAAUGCGCCUGCUGAAGGCAGAGGCUGCGGCUACAUCCUCGGAGAGCGAGGAGUACUCGUUCCCAAGGCAGUUCAUGACCCAGAUCGUUGCGGCCGCCGUCUCCAAAGGCGCGGGUGCCGGUGAACUCCGGGCCGAGCUCGCCGAGAAUUUCGUCAAUGUAUAUGACGAUGUACGCUUCUAUACGUUCAAGGGCAUAUCCGAGACUCUGGCUGCGCAGUCGCCCGAUGCACCGCCUUCUUUCGACGCCGUCUUGGAGCUGCUGGUUUCGGUAGAGGCAGUACCCGAGUCCAACGACGACAUAGGCGAAUUUUACCUUGACCCACCGAAGAAGAAGUCUCACUCCAUGUAUUCCGUGGCUCAGCACAAGAGGCCGGCGCAGGACGCCUGGGUCAAACUGUUGAACCUAGGUCUAGACAAGGAGCAGAGGAAGCGAGUUCUGGCUGUCAUCUCAACCCACGUUGCGCCAUGGUUCACAAAGCCCGAGAUGCUUAUGGACUUUCUCACUGACAGCUUCAACGAGGGCGGGUCAGUCUCGCUUCUCGCGCUGUCUGGAGUAUUUUACCUGAUACAAGAGCGGAACUUGGACUACCCCGAGUUUUACAACAAGCUGUACUCGCUUCUGGAUGCCGACCUCCUCCACUCCAAGCAUCGGUCCAGAUUCUUCCGGCUGCUCGACACAUUCCUCUCGUCGUCCCACCUGCCGGCGCAGCUCGUAGCGAGCUUCAUCAAGAGACUGGCCAGGCUGUGUCUCAACGCCCCGCCCAGUGCCAUCGUGGUUGUUGUUCCAUGGUUCUACAAUCUAUUCAAGAAGCACCCCCUGUGCACGUUUAUGAUGCACCACGAGGUCCGCACGGACGAGGAGCGAGAGUUGCUGGAGAACGGGGGCAUGGAUGACCCUUUCCUUCCGGACGAGAAGGAUCCGAUGGAGACACAGGCCAUCGAGAGCUGCCUCUGGGAGAUUGUUCAACUACAGUCACACUACCAUCCAAAUGUGGCCACCAUCGCCAAGAUCAUCUCGGAACAGUUCACAAAGCAAUUCUACAAUGUGGAGGACUUUCUUGACCACUCAUACGCAAGUCUUCUCGACGGAGAGCUCAGCAAGGAGAUCAAACGGAGCCCAGUGGUGGAGUUUCAGAUCCCGAAGAGGGUACUGCUCCCCCACGAUCGGGAAAGCGGGCAGCAGGAUAGCCUGCUCGUGAAGCUAUGGGACUUCCAAUAGCAGGCUAGCCUCAGCUUCCAGGCAUAUAUACAAGGUGUACGACGUGACCGCGUGCAACAGCAUAUCGGAAAAGCUCGGAGCCUACCGAUGUCGCGUGCGAUGUUACCUAGCGUAGCCGGGCAGUCUCUGGCGUUCGCGCCCCUCAGUUUCACAUCCUGUCGUGCUGCGGACGGCAGAACUCCCAUGACCCGUCGGCCUCACCCCGCAAACAGCGAGGAGAUGGUGCUCGCGCUCGGCACAAAAUAUUUGACUCAACAUAGUGCACGCAACACUGCAAAGAAAUGGAUACCCUAACCACCCGAGCUUCCCCGUACAACCGGCCGCUGAUGAGGCAUCCGUGAGUCAGCCCCUGGGGGGACGGAGGAACGAACGGCAAGCGGCAACGAGCCACUCUGGUGACACUUUCUGAGGAGCCGUGACGCGUGCGCCCGGGUUGACAUGGAAGAGAGCAAACAGCCGGCCUACUGCAGGACCUUUGCACGUGAGAGGUCACCAGCUGGCACCCCCCGUGACUCCCCUCUUGUUUUUUUUUUUUCAUCCACACUGAGGCGAUGUGAAAGCAAACAUGUAACUAGUAAGGGAACGAUGGCGAGAGGCGGACAGCUACUUCCUUGGCUCCCAACAUUCCCGCCCACCUGCGUCGUCGGGGCCGGCGCGAUCGGACCAUGGUUACUCACUCGCUCGCACACUCGCCCGAUACGGCCACGCCCCCUCUCCCAGGCGGGAGAUGAUAAACGACGCUGUUAUUUUUUUGUCCCAUUCCCUUUUUUUUCAUGGCCACAGCGGGGGGCGAAGGAGAUGGAAGGAUCUUGUUCGGUGUGGAGAAAUAUCAGCACGGGGGCGAGCAGAACCAUUCGACCAAGCCGGAAGAGCAGGCAGAUCCGCAACCCGGCAGGCAAAGCAAGACGAGAAAGCCGGUUCGAGGGUCCCACCGUUCUCCUCCGACUCUCUCCAGUCUCCGUAACUACGGUGUGAUGCAUGUAUGCACAUGACAAGAGGCAAAAGCAAGACAAAAAGAAAAGAAAAGAAGGAAAGGGAAGAAAAACUUGGUCGACGGCAAGAACUUCUCACACCUCCUGAGGCAGCAGCAAGUCCGUUCCCUCGUCCUACCCCGAUCGUCCCGAACAGCUCGGUCGUACGGCAGGGCGGGGAUGAUCUGCCAAGGGGAGGAGGAGGAGGAGGAGGAAGAGCAUGAGGGCGUCGCCCCGGUCCCACAUCCAUUUCCCCCUUCGUCCUCCCCUUUGCCUUUGCCCACCUCUGCAGCGCGCGCUGCGGCUUGUGCGGUGCUCGCUGCGGUGCCACAAUGUCCCCCUCCCCUGGCGGAAGGAGCUCUCACUGCCCGCCCUGCCUGGCGUUUCAAGUGUUCCUAUUCCUGUCUCUUCCCUCUCUUUUACGGUGGCACAAGUGCCAUGAAGGGGGAGGGGCGUGUAAAGGCUCACAAGGGUGGCAUGUAUGAUUUUCUCUCGGCACCAGUUCCAAAGAUAACGUUCGUGAACGGAACUGGGGGAGAUGGAUAAACAAAUCAACGAGCAGAAUACCAAAAAAGAAACAAAGUAGCCGAAAAAAAAAAAAAAGAGGCUUGGAAGUCCACGCGGAGCUUUUUUUCUUUCCCAUCAUCCUUCACCGCCACUCUGCCCAGGACCAUCAAACACGAGACUUCCGGCUUGGUGAUCCGGACCCGACCCAAAGAACGAAAAUGAAAAGGAAAGAGACAGAAAAAGAAAGUAAAAAAAAAAACGCAAACAAGAUUUUACGGGGCCCAUCUUGCAUGUCUAGGCCCUCAGCGGCGACUUGGCCCCUUCCUUCAUUCACUCUGGUUUGAGGUUGAUGGGUUCCUCCGUCCCCUCACUUCCAAGGGGCUGGGUACGGUGAGCAACUAGCCGCACAUGCGAGCGAGCGAGAGAGUGAGAGUAGGCGCAUGGGCGGUCCCCUUCGCAAGCCCAGGCCGCAGGCGUUUUGCCUCGCCCAUCUUUUCUUUCUCUCCUCCGUCGCUUAUCCUUUCCCCCCUUGCUCGCCAUGCGCCGUGCUUUCUGCAGGCUCGGGACCGAGUUUCAGGAAGGGUCUGUUACCAUGGGGCGUGGGCAGAGAUCCCAGUAGCAUCGCAACAUAGUAACAUAUAACGAACGUGGAGAUGGUAGGACGGUGUAGGCAUGGCGUGUGCCGGAUGGUGGAUGUGCGUAGUAAGCCUGCCGGACCGGGGAGGGGGGAGCUGAGACGACGACAAGGAUUAUGUCAUUGCCCAAACUAGCGGUAGUGCGAACGUUGGUGGUGAUGCUCCCCAAGGGCAGGAGGGCAGCACAGGCCCGUUUCAACCUGUUUGACUCCUUCCCUUGUUUGUUCUUAAUUUUUCUGUGGGGUUGGGCGAGCAAGCCGGAGCACUUGAGCGGCGCAUAGGACUAAGGCAAUCUUGCUAUCACAGCGCCGCGCCAAUGGGGAUCCAAGGCAGAUGAGACAAGACAAGAAGAAAAAAAGCGGGAGGUUGAUCCAACUGCGAAGAAAAAAGGCCCUAUACAGGGAUCACCGCUUCUCUUCGCCGUGCAGGAGGCGAGGGCGCGCAGCGGUCGUGAGCAAAGACGCGCGGGAAA